AUGUCAAACCAACAGCAGUCGUAUACAAUAUGGUCUCCCCAGGAUACAGUCAAAGAUGUGACCGAAUCGUUAGGUAUUGAUAGCAUUAGUGAUGAUGUGUUAAAGGCAUUGGCGAUGGAUGUUGAAUACCGAAUUCUAGAGAUAAUUGAACAAGCAGUCAAAUUCAAGAGACAUUCGAAAAGAGAUGCCCUUACAACUGAUGAUAUAUCGAAGGCUUUAAGAGUAUUGAAUGUAGAACCCUUAUAUGGUUACCAUGAUGGUUCGGCAAUCGACAAGGAUGUGACAUUUAGCAGAGUAAAUGCAGCUGGAGGUCAAACCGUUUACUACCUAGAUGAUGAAGAGGUCGAUUUCGAUAAAUUAAUAAAUGAACCUUUACCACAAGUGCCUCGUUUACCAACUUUCAGUACACAUUGGUUAGCAGUGGAAGGUGUACAACCGGCAAUAAUACAAAAUCCUAACCUAAAUGAUAUAAGAAUUUCACAGCCACCGAUUGUGAGAGGAGCUAUUGUGACGGCUUUGAAUGAUAACAGUUUACAAACGUCAUCUGCUGCUGCCAUAUCACUCAGCGAAGAGAAGCAUGCACAACACUUGUCUACCGUGAAGCCAGGCCAAAACAUAGAAGUGAAGCCGUUAGUCAAGCACGUACUGUCAAAGGAGCUGCAAGUUUACUUCAAUAAAGUCAUCUCUGCUCUCACAUCAAAGAACGGGAAUGACGAAAACGGUCAGCACAUGAAGGCAGCUGCUCUAACUUCUCUAAAGACAGACAGUGGAUUACAUCAGUUGGUACCAUAUUUCAUACAAUUCAUCGCAGAACAGAUUACACACAAUUUGUCAGAUUUAGAGUUGCUGACUACUAUUCUCGAGAUGAUCUACUCACUGCUCAGUAACGAGUCUAUCUUUCUCGAUCCAUACAUUCAUUCUUUGAUGCCUUCAAUUCUCACACUGCUACUUGCCAAGAAACUUGGAGGAAGCCCUUCAAGCGAUUCACCUGAAGAUGUUAGUGCCUUUUUGGAGAGGACUAAUGCACUUCGUGAUUUUGCAGCUUCUCUACUCGACUACGUUCUGAAGAAGUUCCCACAAGUCUACAAAUCCUUGAAACCUCGUGUCACAAGGACAUUGCUGAAGACAUUCCUCGAUACAAAUCGUGUUUUUGGGACUUAUUAUGGUUGCCUGCGCGGUGUGUCAAUGUUUGAAUCUGAGUUCAUCAGAUUUUUCCUAGGGAACUUGAAUAAUUGGGCCAGGUUAGUCUUUAAUGAGCAGAACAUGACUUUGGAUACCAUUCGCGAAAAUAAAUGUGUCAAGUUUUCUCCGCAAGAAGAGGAGCUUCUGGUUGACACGGUUAUUAGUGCCCUGUCAAUACUGAAGGGAGACCUGCUUGACAUGUAUGAAGGGAAAGGAAGAGACAUUACGGAAAAUGACAAAGAAAGGCUAGCUAGUAGGGUUGGCCUUACCAUCGCCAGUAGGAUUCUGGAACGUGAUGACGCCGGAGAAUUGAUAGAUGCAAUUUUUUUCGGUGAAUAA